AUGCCCCUUAAUCGUGGGAACAACAUGGUAACAAUAAAUAAAAAAGUAAACAAAAAUAAAAACGAAACUGCUACACAACGGAAAAGAAGGCUCGAAAAGGCGAAAGAAAAGUAUAGAACGAAACGUGCAAAGGAAAGUGAAUAUGAAACCCUUAGUCGACUACAGAAACGAAGAGAACGUUUAGCAACAGAAACACCUGAGCAACACGAUACCAGGUUAAUAGCACAACGUGAGAGACAAAGGCAACUGGUAGAGUCAGAAACACCUGAGCGUCAUGAGUCCAGGCUAGCAUCGCAACGUGAAAGACAAAGAGAGCUAAUAGCGUCAGAAACACCUGAGCGUCAGGAGUCCAGGCUAACAUUACAACGUAACAGACAAAGAGAGCUAUUAGCGUCAGAAACACCCGAGCAACAUGAGGCCAGGUUAUCAAGACGGCGUGAGAGACGAAAGGAGUUAGAAGCUUCAGAAACACCAGAGCAACGCCACAACAGGUUAAAGUACCAACGUGAGCGUGCACAGAAAUGCAGAGCUAAAAAUCAUGUACAAGCGUAA